UAAAGCAGAGGGCUAGAGACAGCCAGCCGUUGGGUGGAGUUUGAGUUGGGCGCUGGGAUUUCUCUCUCCCUCACUCACUCCUGCUCGCCUCUUUCACUUCUCACCGACGGGAGAGAGAGAGAGGAGAUCAGGAGAGAGAGAAAGAGAGCUGUUCAUCUUCCGCUUCAAUCUCCUGCAUUUCCUUCGGAUCUCCAUCGGCAAGAAAGAUCGGUGCAAGAUGUUGGGCGGACUCCUCUCCAGGGUGCUCCUGUUGGCCUUUGGUUACGCUUAUCCUGCUUAUGAAUGCUACAAGACAGUGGAGCUGAACAAGCCAGAGAUCGAGCAGCUCAUUUUUUGGUGUCAAUAUUGGAUUUUAGUUGCACUGUUAACAGUCUUGGAAAGAUUUGGGGAUGCUUCUAUAUCAUGGUUACCACUGUACUCAGAAGCCAAGCUGAUGUUCUUUAUAUACUUAUGGUGCCCAAGGACAAAGGGAACUACCUAUGUCUAUGAGACCUUCUUUAGGCCAUACAUCUCACAGCAUGAGAAUGACAUCGAUCGUAAUAUUCUUGAGUUUAGAGCAAGAGCUAGUGAUAUGCUUAUUGUUUACUGGCAGAAGUCUGCAACUCUAGGACAAAAUACAUUCUUUAACAUUUUGAAGUAUUUUGCUGCACAAUCACCAUCUCAGUUAUCAAGGACACACCCUUCACAGCAAUCACAGCCAAAAAAACAGCAGAAAUCACAACCCCAAGAGCAGCAACAGGUGCCACAGAAGCAACCAACAACCCUUCGCAGAGCAGCCUCUGCUGCUGCUAGACAAGCAGCAGUUACGCAGCAGUCACAGGAGACACAGACUGCUCCAUCAACAUCCAAGAUCAGGCGUCUAACAACUUCAAAGUCUGCUCCAGUGGCACCCACAAAGUCCAUCCCAGUUGCAAAUACAGCAAAACUUGCUGAGGAAACCAAGACCAAUAGAGUAAAAUUGGCAGCUGAGGAUGCACCAGCUCCAGCCAAUAAUGCGGAUGCGCCAAUCUAUGAUACUGAUGCCUCACCACUCCCUGAGGCUGAAAUGGAUGACAUGGUCAUCGAUGAGGGUAAUGUCGCUAUUGAAGACAUUACAGGGCUUGAUGCUACUCCAGAGAAGACACCAAUGGAGGAGGCGAUCCGAGUGACCCGUGCAAGGCUAAGGAGGCGUGUUGCUACUGGAACCACUGCUGCUGCUUCUAUCCCUGCAGUAAAUUAAGAUCUGUUUCUAUGUUCAAUCUUUUCUUAAGCUUUAGGUUGGUGUUUUCUCUGAUGGCAGGAGAUGUCCUGGUUGAAUAAUUGCUUUAGAGCCGCUUCCUUCAGAACUUCUUCUGCCUGUUAUGGUAGUGCUAAUGUUGUUGGAAGCUGUAAAUAUUAGAUGGCAUGUGUACAUAGGUACGGUCACUGUCAUCAUGGACAAGUGAAUUACAAAUUUGCUGAACACUUCAA